AUGGGCUACACAAACUGGGACUGCUCAAAUUCUCUGCUCUCUCCUCUGGGCAGCAGCCAGAGCUACCUGGUGGCAAACAGGAAAGGAGUUGCUCUCAAUAGCGUGGGAGGCCUGAAGGCCCAAUGGCGAGAUGUUGCAGACAGGAGCGUGUGCGAGGAGAAAGCAGCCAAGGCAGAGCAGGACAGGUACUUCCCUGCAGCCCUUGCCAGCACACUCGUGUAUGGCCACACAGCAGGCAACACGACCCUUGCGCUGGGUAUAGGUCAAGAAGAGCUGGAGGAGCUGCUCUGGUUCUUCCGCAGAGAAGACCCGUCAACGUGGAAUUACUCUGUUCUUGCACUUUCCUUCGUGGCCUUGAUUUUGGGUCUUCUCCUCCUGGCCAUUAACAUUGUGCGAAACAGGAAAAGGAAGAUCCACAUGUAUAGAGAAGCAGUGCAAACCACCCAGCAGGCUGAGCUGGAGGCCAAGCAAGCCCUGAUGCCUGUGCAGGAAUACAGCCCGGCCGAACUGCAAAAGCAGGAGCCGGUGCUCCAGGAUCAGAGAUCAGGAGAAGUGGUGGUCCAGUGGAAGGACGGGACCGUGACGUCUCUGUACACAGAGAUCUGA